CUCUCUCACAGGAAGUCGCUAUGUGUCCAAGUCCAGUUGAUGAUAAAGAGAAUAAUUCAGUGAUAAGUGAUUUACUUGUGUAUGAAAGAAGAAAGCAGUUAAAGUCAAAUGUAAAGUUGUCUAAUGAUGAUACUAAUGGGGAAGUGAGAAAAAGAGAUGUUUACAAUAAAAAGAGAGACAAAUUAGGUAGUGGUAAUGUGGCUCUGAACAGUGACCAACAGAGGAUUAUAAACUUGAUGAAAGCUGUAAAAUUCAAGAACUUAUGUUACAUUGUUAGACAGGAUGCUGCUGAUACACUUGUAGAACAUUUGAAGAAAGACCUAAGAGAAGGAGAUGUAAUAGCCGAAGCUAAUCUUGGACCUGGUGUUCUUACAAAAACUAUUCUUGAACAAACAGUGCAUAAAGUUAUAGGAUAUGAACCAAACACAGAGUUUUUAAUGCAUUUACGAUCAGAAAUGACUGGGUAUUCUGGCCGUUUAGAACUGCUUUGUCUCGAUCUCUUUAAGUUCUAUUGGUAUUAUACAUUGAAUAAACGAGAACCAGAACGAGAAGGGGAGACAGAUAGGCUAGCACAACUCUUAGAACCUCUCCUUAUUAAGGAGGAACAAGCAUCCUCUGUGAGGAUUGUAGCCUCGAUAAGUGAAAUGUCAGUCCUUCAUAAGUUAACACUUAGUUAUACAUUUCAAUUGUUGUUUUUUCACAAAGACAUAUUUCCUAUUCUUCUGUAUUUAUAUGUGCCAGAUCAUGUACAUGAACACUUAACAUCAUCCUCUCGAAACAUUACGAGUAAGAGGUUGACAGUACCUUUUGCUUUUUACUUUGAUAUCGAGCAUCUUGACACAGCCCUAAAUAGCAGUUUCUACUCACCACACUUAAGAAGUAAGAAGUUCAAGAACAAAGAGAAUACCUUCCAUUUAAUGAAGAUUACGCCAAGAGAAAAUGUGCAAGAAAUUGUUGCCAAACAUGAACUCCCUACUUUUCAUUACUUCAUGAGGUGCUUAAUCAAUGCAAAAUCUGGAGAAUCGCUUAUAUUUCAUAUGGAGAAGUGGAUUCCAGGUUGUGGAAUUGACUAUAUUAAGAAUGGAUUCCGUAUGUUCGUGCAUCCUCGUGAACUCACAACAGAACAGCUUUUGGCAGCUUACAGAUUGUUCACAAGUUUAUCAUCAUUUAAAGAAUGUAUGUUUCACCAGUUUUGUAAGAAUUGGACAAUUCAGUUUGGACUGAAGGAUGAUGAUACACCUCAGAAAAUGGAAACAGACGAUGCCACAGAUAAAGAGGUGGAAUUGUUCGAUGAUGUACAUGAAAGUGAUGAAGAUGAAUUUGUAAAAAUAAAAAGAUAAGGAUCAUUAAUUAAAACACAUAUUUUGUUUGUAGUUUACAAUUUCAAAAUAUAUAUAUAUAUAUAUAUAUAUAUAUAUAUAUAUAUAUAUAUAUAUAUAUAUAUUACUGCAUUGUACAGCUAUGAUCCAAUGUGAGACGACAUGAUUGUUUUUAUAUAGUUCAAAUUCUCAGACUCACGUAAUGUUGCCAAGUAGUGUUAAUUAUUUUUUUCCAAAUGUCAUACAUGUCAACAAGUUUGCAAAUUCACAGCUUGCACUAUUUUCCCAAUGGUUAUAUAAAUAUUAUACCUUUUAUUUACUGGUAUAAUUCAUAACUAGUAUGAUUUGAUCUGAAUUUUUUUUUUUUUUUUUUAUUUAUAGCUCAAAGCACGGUGUGAUAAGGUUAGGGGUCCCGUCAAUAGACCUAAUAAGCUUAACAGUCAUAACAUUUCAAAAUAAGAAUAUUAAUUAGUUUUCUUUGAAUGAAGUUUUAGGCUGUGUUCAAGCUGCCUGUCCAAAAUUAUUCAUAGGCCUAAAAAAAUAAUGUAAGUGUUCUGAGAUGUAAUCUGUUACUAAAUUUUUUUUAGAGAUUUUUGUUUAUUUGUUUGUUUGGUGUUUUUAUGGUGCAUGGAACCAGUGGUUAUUCAGCAACAGGACCAACGGGUUUACAUGACUUACGAACCACAGUGGAAUACGAACCACAGUGGAAUGCCCAAGAAUCGAGCUCGCGGCCACUGAGGUGGUAGGCCAAGCCCAUACCAACCACGCCACUGAGGCACUUUUGUAUUACCUGUUCUUUAAAAAAAAAAAAAAAAAAAAAAAAAUUAAUUAUACAAAGAUGGCUAUUAAUCGAAAUAUAAGUAUGACUGUAAAGGCCCAUGGAACAUUUUUUUUUGCUUUUUAAGUCUAAUUUAUUCAUUCAUAAGGUAACUUGAAGUGCAAGAAUGUUUAGUUAACUUUAUCUGCUUUCUGGCCAGAAAUCUGGCCAGAAAUUAUUAAUAGUAUAGUGAUGCAAGUGUAAUUUAAUAAUAGUAUAUAAAGAAAUUAACACACCUAGGCCUAGGAAAAACAAUCUUAGCUUUAACAAAAGAAUAAUUGCACAGGCAAAUAUUUGCUAGUGAGCCAUAACUUUUGAAGUUAAGAAAUAUAACUUGAAUCAUUUUAUUUUUAUUAAAAUCCAAAUAUUCCUCUAACAUAUAAAAUGUAUGGUUUCAAUAAUUUAAUUGUCACUACUCAUUGUAGACCUAUGUUACACCAGGUAGUUUGUGUUGUGCUCCCACUCUUAAUAGUUGCUUCACACACACUCCACUCACCUGUUGAUAUCAAUUGAUGCAGUCUACUUUCGUAUUUACUUAUUUACAUUUUUUCAGCAAUGAGGCAUAAAACCAAUCAAAUACGACUAUUUCAAAUUUUAUGAUUGCGUUGGAAGUAAUACUGAUGUUAUGACUUUUUUUUUCCUUCAACAUUUGAAAUGAAGUUUGAUUUUUUUUUUUUUUUGUCAAUUGCAUUGGCGAUGUGUGAACAAAAGUUUGGAAGAUGUUUUGUAACAGUUUUCCUGAAAUUUGGCCAUACGAUAUUUUCUUACAAUUUUGAAAUAUAGGACAGAUUUCACUCAUCAAACAUAUUAUGACCUUAUUGUAUGAAAUAAUC